CUGGGUUGACAUCAUGCACCACAGCCUGUCGUACAAGGGUCGAAGAGAGGAUGGGAAGUGAAGGGAGAGUUCUGUUUGCGUCUUGGAGGAGGCCAUCGUCGUAGCGGAAGUCCUGAGUUCCAGCCAACCAGGAACCGCACACGUUGACAUGCGAGUGAACACAGCCCGUACGCUCACCUUGCUGUUCACUUCACUCCGCUGCGGACAAACUCAGCCCUCCCAGUUCCAUGGGGGGCUUUCCGAGCUCUAUGGGGGGCUCUAAAAGCGUGCAGGUGCCAGGUGGGGGAAGCGAAGGCUACCACGUCCUCAGAGUGCAGCAGAAUUCUCCAGGUUAUUGUGCAGGACUGGAGCCAUUCUUUGAUUUCAUCAUCGGAAUAUGUGAUACUAGACUAAGCAAAGACAACGACACCCUCCAACGUGCGCUGGAGAGGAACGUGGACAAACCCACCAAACUGAUGUUGUACAGUAGCAGGACGCUUGACGUGAGGGAGACGGUGAUCGUGCCCAGCAGCAUGUGGGGCGGACCGGGGCUUCUCGGGAUCAGCAUCCGCUUUUCUGACUUUCAGGGAGCCAGAGAAAAUGUUUGGCAUGUCCUGGAAGUGGAGCCAAACUCUCCUGCAGCCCUGGCCGGCCUCAGAGCCUACACUGACUACGUUAUAGGAGCUGAAACAUUCAUGGACAAGAACGAAAAUCUCUUUAAACUCAUCAACAGCCACGAAGGGAGGCUGCUGAAGCUCUACGUCUACAACACAGACACAGUCGAGUGCCGUGAGGUGUAUGUCAGGCCAAAUUGUAACUGGGGAGGAGCGGGCAGUCUAGGCUGCGGGAUCGGAUAUGGUUACCUGCACAGGGUACCCACCGCGCCUUCCGCCGAGAACAAGAUUAGUUUUCCUACAACGGGUGAAAAUUUCUCAGAGCAGGUUGGUCUCACUGCAGUCAUUCCGACCAUUCCAGUGAAUAUUUCGGCUCUAUUAGAACAGAAAAACACAGCUUUUGGACUCACCAGUGUUCAAACAGAUGCACCAGUAACCAUGACAGACCCUGUGACAUCCCAACAAUGCGUUCAAACGCCAAUCCAUCCGGCUGCCACACAAGAGGUUGUCCCUUCAAAGCAGUCCAUCACAGUCUCCACUUCCACUCUGCCUCCAUCUGAGCAUUCCCUCCCAACCUCUUGCGCAAACGCUGCUGUCACACAGGAUGAAGCAUUUCCCUCUACUGUUGUCCAAAUGAUGGGUUCACCGAGCCAAACUCCAUCAUCGGUAAUCAGCUCUGACUCCAUAAAUAUCACAGUGUCUGCAGACUCAUCUUUGCACUCACAAACUCAGUGAGGAUUUGAAUGUCAGAACUUGCAGGUUCAAACUAUUGAUGCUGUAAGGGUUUUAGUUGUGGAUUGCAAAUGAAAAUGCUUGAACUAUAUAUACAGAACUCUAUUUCAAUAAUUGUAAAAUGAUACAUUUGUCUACAUUAAACAUUUAUACGCAGCUU